AAUGAGACGGAGGAUGAGAGAGCUGGAAAGAGAGUGACGAGGAGGAGAAAAGGAGGUGGGUCUAGAAAGCACACACACACACACACACACACAGACACACACACACAUAUACACACACUUCCUCACAGUGAAGCCCAGGAGAGUACAGGUGGGAGUGGAUUAAAGGGAAACCAAGUUCAUCUCAAUAUCCUGGCAAGGUCAAAACGUCAGGCUCAUUCUGGAGAAACCAUCUGCAUCAGUUCAGCUUUGUUUCAUUGCACCUAAGAGCAAAUAAACCCAACUGAUUGAGAGAACACACCGAGUUUCAUCAAAGCCACCCAAGAAGAUUUCUGUCAGCAAUUUGACAGUAUAAAAGGGACUGUUACAGAGUUAUCAUCAUGUAUAACAUGUUUAACAUCAUGUAUAAAUAAUAAUAAAUCCUUGCUAUGUGAAUUAUUUGAACAGCGACGCUGGGAAAAUCGUGUGACCUUUUACGAUGAAUAGUCCCUUCAUGCUCUAAUGAAAUUACAGCAGGCUACAGUACGUCACCUUUCUUUCGAGACAUUGUUGUGUGUCUUUGGAGAACCGUGACUUGCCUCGUGGAGAUUGUGAUAUAUGAGCAGGGGAGUGUUUGGGGAAUGAAAGAAGAAAGAGAGGAAGAGAAAUGUCUGGAUCGCUGAGGAAAAACAAACCCGAAAAGCAACGUAGACGUUCUUUAAGCUUUUACCACAUCUGCAGUGGAGCACAUCGCAAAUUGUGAAAUUUGUUUUCUGGGUGCUUUCCGUUGGAACGGGUCCAGUGUGCGUCUGAAGGAAUCUCAUGGGAUUUUUCUUUUCGUAUCUGAGUAACAUUAUGUGGCACCGAAAGUAAAAGUCCAUCUCUGGCUUGCUGCGUAAUGGACCGUUCCCUAAAAAGGACUGCCAGGCUGAAGCUAAAGCUCUGAUUUUGCUGGUUUGUUUUUGCUUUGAAAGCAGAGCAGCACUUAAAACCCUCCCUUCUGGCCAUCCUGACCACCCAUAAGGGACAAAACAUUAGUCAAGCCCAGGCACGUACAAAAAAAAGUGGACCCUCUAGACCAACAACCUUUGCUGUUUUAAUCUCUUCAAAGUUCUUGAGCUGGAGAGAUGGAAAGAGGACAUGACCCUGUCAGGAGAGGGAUCAGCUGGACUGGACACAGUACCACACCCCACGGUACCGUGAUCUCAUGUGAGGAAAAUACAGACAGGAGUGGAACUGAUUCCUGGGAACAAGAGAAGCACAGCUGGGUCAAAGCAAAGCCUAUGAUGACCUCCAGCACUGGUCACCCAGCACGGAAAACAAAUCUUGGACGGAGUGCCAGUCUGUCAGAGAAGGAGCUGAAAGAAGCGAGGACACGAAGUCAGAUCAUUGCUGCACAGCUGACCAUUCCAUCAAAUCCCAACUCCCGUGGUGUCCAGCUCUUCAACCGCCGCAGAGAAAGAGUGAACGCCUUCACAAUUGUGAGUGUUGCUGGAGGAGGAGAAGAAAGCCAUCAAGAAUCCCACAAUGAACCUGACCCACCUUCUCCAAGUGCAUUAACAUGGAACAGGGAGUGCUCGACUGACAGCCAGGUUAAAGACUUAAAACACAGAAGUGAAACACAACUCUGGUGGCCAACCGUGGUAACACGCAGUAAAGGAGAUAAAAUGGAGGAGGUUGGGGAGGUGACCCCUGAAGUGGGAGAUAGUGUGCACGAGAGGCAUUUUCUCCCCGUAAAUGAUAAGGAUGAAGAGAUUCCUGAGCAUGGAGAGGCAGGGAAGGAUGUCACUUCUGGUGGUGACACUAGUCCUGCUGUUCCUAAUCCUAACCAAGAAAGAGAGCAGGAUGUGCAGCUAAAUGGGGCAUAUGAAAGCCCAUUGGAGGCUACUCGAGCCAUCCCAAAUGGAAGCCACAGCACUGAGUCCAAUAGUAAAGCAGAUGACUCAGCAUCGAAGCAGUUGUCCAUUACAAACAGGACAGCUCGGCCCUUUUUCUCUCCUGUUGUGGUAAACUCGAAUGAAGCUAGCAGUCUCUCUCCAGACAACCCUCUCACCCCAACUUACUCCACUCCUCCACGUCCAGCUCAGUAUGAACCACCUGCUACUGUAUAUCCUGGCCAGGAACCUCAAACAUUUGUUAAACCAGCUUUUGCGGUAUCUUCCAGACAAGUGUUCUCCCCUCCACCUCCAGCUCCUUCAUACCCAACCCCUCCACUUCCAGGAUACAUGAUCCUACCUCCAUCUAUCCCAUCUGAUCCUCCUCCCCAAUCAGCAAUGUCUCCCCCUACAUCACCUGCCUACUACUCUACCUUAACCACACCAAGCUCCACCUAUAUCCCUCAGCUACUCACUGAUAGCAGGUCAACGACGCCCAUCCGCACAGGCAUUCUAGAUGAAGGCAGAUGUAGGCGAACUAACAGAAAGUCGAUGUUUACAUUUCAGGAGAAGCCCAAAUCAGCUCCGACUCCAGAGCUCCUGAAUCUGGUCCAAGGAACAGAUGAGAAGAAAAGAGGCAGAGGACCAGCAGAAACACAUCAGGAAGAGGAGCAGAUGGCUCUCGGGGCAGAGGCCUCUAAUUUCCUGGUCAAGGAUGAGAGUGGCGUGGAAGAGGCUUUAGUGCCAGUGUGGGCCUCAACACUGAAAAGCUCCAGAACUCGAGCCAGAGCAGAGCACAAGCCUGAGCAAGCCCUGACCAAGGCAUCCGGCAAAGGAGCCGAGCUGUUUGCCAAACGCCAGACCAGAAUGGAGAAAUAUGUUCAUGAAAAUGCAGAGGGACUAAGAUCACCAUCUCCCACCACAUCUCUGCCUCCCUCAUGGGUGUAUCCAUCAAACAUGCCCGGCCGUGUCAAGGCUAUGAUUAAUGCCUCCAACAUCUCCACAGAGAUUACCACGACUGUCAAAACCCAGCAUGCCACACAGAAAAAGAAUGUGCCAGCGAAGGCACCAGUACCAGCUCCAGUCCUGGAGACCCCGGCAUUAGAAAAUGGCUGCAGCAGAGUGGAAAUGGAGCUGUCCCGGCACCAGCCUUACCAGCUCAAUUCAUCCCUGUUCAUUCUCAACCCAGUCAAAGGCCCUGUAUACAAUCUUCCCAAAGCAGCACCCCCUCCCAAACCUGUAGUGAUGAGCUCCUCAUACUCCAGACAAACCUCUCUUCCAUCUACUCCUGUCCCAACCCAGUAUGAUUCACAUGCCUACAGGUCGGCUAAUUGCUUCUCACCACCCAUGAUGCCUGUGGAAUCGGUGAGCAGGAGCGUGACCACCCAUGUGUCAGCUCCUGAGCAUGUGACUUCUCCUCAGUCGGUCAACCAGGCACCCAAGCCCACCUUCUCAACCAAGAAAGCUGGGAUUACCCCACAGAGCAAGGAAGAAUCUCCAGUUGCACCUCAGUACAACAGCCGCAGCAGCCCAACGCCUUGGACACCUAAUGUGUCCCGCCGCCUCAGCAGCACAGACAGGUCCCCAGGUGCAGUGUGGACCCCAAGCAGCCAGCGCAGCUCCCUGUUCACCUCCCCACCACCAAGAACCAUCCAUAACCCAGUCAACUCUGUUUCCUCUUCACCGCCACCAAAGUCGAUCCAUAAUUCCAUAGCCAGCUCCCAAAACUCAGGCUCUAUUCAUAAUCCAGUCACUUCCUCUGUAACGCCAUGUUCUGUCCAGAGCCCCAUCAGCCCUCCCCUAACCCCAAGACCCUUCCAUAACCCGGUCACUUCAUCCCCAAAUCCACGGUCUGUCAGCUCCUCUCCAACACCAAAACCCUUCAAAAGUUCUGUCUCCAUCAUUUCAUUGUCCCGGCCCACCAAUAACCGCACUGCUACUACUCCUGUAUCUCCACCUUGGGAAACCAGAUGCCAAUCCCCAAGCCCUCUUCAAGACACAAAGGCCAAUCACCGCCUCCUAGCCAAGAACAUCAUCAAUGCAGCCAAGCGGAAGAACAGCCUUUCACCCGGUGCUCUAAGUGGUCACGGUCUCCUGAUGUCUCCAGUGAGCAAUACAAUUUUGCCCUUCGAGACAAAAUCUCAGAGUCCCUUUCAGUCUCGAUCACUAGGUGCCCAGUCACCCACAUUCACCAGCCCCCCUGCCACACCCACACAAAUGGUCCGGUCCCCUUUGCGCCUCUACACUACUCGGUCGCUCACUGAUUCAGAUGCCUCACUGGAAUCAGAAGAUUCUGGAAUGCGUUCCCCUGGGGUCCGCAGCUACAAUACCUGCCCUCGUGGCUGGUCUGGAAGCUUGAGGCUCAAAAGAGGUGGAAUGUCAGAAGACCUGUAGGUUGGAGACGUAAUGUAGAAUGGAAUUUGGAUUUAAGCUGGACUAUUCAAUGGAACAGAACAGUGGUCAUCUGUUAUUCUUCUGAAUACCUACUUACCUACCUAUAGAAUUUCAUUUACCACACUCGAUUCAGAUAUAACACCUGCUUAUGCUUUUACCGUUCACAAUGUUGGAACUGUUUUUUAUGGAAACCAGAAGGACAAGAUGAGUACAAGGAUUACAGAUUACAGAUAAGUGACUAGAGUGACUGAUUUCAUGACAAAUGUUUUAGACUUGGGUUGAGUUGGGUUGGGUUGGUGACCACUGGACGAUAGAGAAUGGAUAAGGGAAUGAACUGCAAUCCAGGGACCACAGAGAAUGGACAGAAGAAUGGACUACAAUCUAGGGACCAUAAGAAAAUGGACUCUGAUCUAGGAAUAAUAGAGAAUGGAUUGGAGCAAGGACUAUCUAGGGAUGAUAAAGAAAGAAUAAGAGAAUGGAUUACAAUUUAGGGAUCAUAUAGAAUGGAGAAUGCACUACCAUAGAGACCAAUCCAAGAGACCAUAGAAAAUGUACUACAUACAGGGAUCGUAGACAUUGGACAGAAGAAUGGACCUACAAUUUAAGGAUCAUAAAAAAAUGGACAGGAGACCUAACAACAACCAAAGAUUCCCAAAGAAUGGAUGGGAGAAUGAAAAACAGUCAAAGGAUCCUUAAGAAUGGAUGUGAGGAAUGUCUAUAACUGAGGGAUCCUAGAGAAUGUACCGUAGUCUUGACUAGAAUCAAGGAAACCUAGAGGACUAGAGUAGAUUAUAUAAUAGAUAAAAAGAAUGGACUCAAUCUAGUAAUCAUGGAGAAUGGGUGAAAGAAUUGGCUACAGAAUGGAGCUAGACUAUUUCCAGUUGUUUUUCCUCUCAUUCCAAAGUGGCCUUUAUAUUCUGAAUGUAAUGCUGGGGGAUUUGACCAACGCUUGUGUUGUAUGAUGUUAAUCUGCUUGGAUUUAUACAGCAAUAAUGGAAAAACUUUUAUUCUCUCAAUCGGUGGUAUUCAGUCUCAGUCUGGUUUCACUUUCUGCACAGGUUUCAGUUUUCCGUGCUCUGCCACACCUGAUUCCACUCACGCCGGACUUGACAAUGGGAAUGAGUGGAACCAGGUGUGUUGAAUGAGCCUAAAAACACUAGCCUAUGUAAUAAAAGGGAAGCCCAAGCCUGGCACUGAAUACCUCUGCUUUUAUUGCCUUGCACCUGACUGUUUGUUGUUGUUUUUUUUUGUAACAGACUGCACAUCACAUCUACUCGGAUCUAUUUAACCAAAGACUUUUUCAAUGGCUUCUGGUGACCAAAGAAAUGUUUCCUUAGAAGCAGUGUUAUCGUUUUUCAGUUGCGCCUUUUGCCUCGUUGGCGUUUUUGUGUUCAGUGUUGAAUCGGAGUCAAAGGUAUGUCGUUUACUGGCCGUGUUUGUGGUCUGACACAAACGUAGAAGGAAUGGAUCGGCAGAAAAAUGGCUGAAAGCAAUUUCUGAAACCCUGAGUGUUUUGUUAAUGAGAGGUGAUUAGGUUUAAUGGCAUCGUUUAUGUCUAUGAAUUAGAUUAUGUGUUAUAAAAGCAGUAUUCUGAUGGCUUUACUUUAAAAAACACAAUUACUGAACUGCAGUUUUAGCAAACAGUAAUACGAAUCUGAUGGAUGAUUGCGAUUUGGCAUUUCUUCUAAUCCACAUGUUUUAGCGUAUGCGGACUCUUGCUUUGCAUUGAAACAGAAGGUUUAUAGUCUUGUGAUGGAAAUAAGAAGGCAAAUAUUUUGUGAAUGUAGAAAGGUGUCUAGAAGGUAGUAUGUUGGAUUUAAAAAUGAAAGAUGGUAAGAAUACAGCGAAUGCUCUGACGAAUGUGAAAAUACCGUUCCGUAAGUGCCUACACGUUUAUAUUAGCCUUCAAUUUCAAUAUCAAAAUGUUUUCAGGUUUCAAAGGCAAAGGGAAAUGAUGGACAAAAACGAAAUGACCUUUUCAGAUUGUGCUCAGGGGUGGACAAAUUAGGAAUAUAUAUUCGCUGACCCAUCAGACAUUAUAGAAGCUCUAGUGUGCUGCCAAUUAGGCUAAAAACUAGCUAACGUGAUGUAGUAGUGUAUAGUUAGCUAGUGAAGUAAAUUAAGACAGACUAAGCGAAGUGAACAGUUACAGUAAGUGAUUUCAAAUAUAUGAGCAAAGUCUGCAUAUAUGUUUAUUUUCUAUCUAGAUGUUUAACCCCGAGGUGAAACGGACAUGAUGCGUGUGAUUCGGAUCGAGAAUCAGGUCCUGUAGCCUACUCAGCGCUGGAUAAGUGUUGCUUUGUGAAUAAGUCAGUCAAUAGUAGGGUUUAUUUGCAUUAUCUGGGUUUCUCCAAAAGCAUUGCAGCACAAUAGUAGAGCGAUCAUCACGUUAAACAUUCUCUCUUCCGCUUAAGACUAUGUGGUGUGACACUGUGUGUGAUUUUUUUUUAUCCUUUAACAUCAUCCUAAGGGAAUAUUUCACCCAAAUAAACACGGAUAGUGAAUGUAGGUACCAAAUAUCACACUGCACCACAGCAUUUUUGUAACUGACUUUCCUUCAUUAAUAGGAAUGUUAUUUUGGACGUUGUAAUUUUAUGGAGAAGUCAGAUUUUCAGUAUCAAGAACGUCGUAGAGAUUGAACAAGCACAUACAGUAUAUUCGUCGUUUAUUUAUUUUUUUUUUUACAUA